AUGUCGCUAUUGCCACAGGAGGUCCACGUUGCCCUCGCGCAACUCUUGCUUGCUCUCGCUUCCGCAGACAAUAUCGUUCGAACUCAGGCUGAGGAACAGUUGAAUAAUGAAUGGGUCCAGGGUCGUCCAGAUGUCUUGCUCAUAGGGCUGGCGGAACAACUACAGGGAGCGGAAGAUGCUGGUACGCGAUCGUUUGCCUCCGUUCUCUUCCGUCGGAUAUCGACGCGGUCUAUGAAAUUGGCCAAUUCCACGGAAUCUAAGGAGCUGUUCUUCACUCUUUCACAUGAACAGAGAAUGGCUAUUCGACAAAAACUGUUGGAGUCGCUAAGCAGUGAGGGCGUAGCCCAUGUGCGGAAUAAGAUUGGUGACGCUGUAGCUGAAAUUGCGGGACAGUAUGCCGAAAAUGGUGAACAAUGGCCUGAGCUUCUGGGAGUACUCUUCCAGGCCAGCCAGUCUAAUGAUCCGGGUGUGCGCGAUUCCGCAUUCCGUAUAUUCUCAACGACACCGGGUAUUAUUGAGAAACAACAUGAGGAUAUGGUUCUAGGUGUUUUUUCGAAGGGUUUCAGAGAUGAGAAUAUUUCUGUCCGAAUAUCCGCAAUGGAAGCAUUUUCUUCCUUUUUCCGCUCCAUCCCUAAAAAGAGCCAGAGCAAAUACUUCUCCUUAGUCCCGGAUGUCCUCAACAUCCUACCACCCUUGAAAGAAGCUGAUGAGAGUGAGGAACUUUCCAAGGCUUUCAUUGCUUUAAUUGAGCUGGCAGAAGUGUGCCCUAAGAUGUUCAAGGCGCUUUUCAACAACUUGGUCAAGUUCAGCAUUAGUGUUAUUGGCGAUAAGGAAUUGUCUGAUCAAGUGAGACAGAAUGGUUUAGAGUUAAUGGCUACUUUUGCCGAUUUUGCUCCCAAGAUGUGCAAAAGUGACCCGACGUAUGCUGGAGAGAUGGUUACACAGUGUCUAAGCUUGAUGACCGAUGUUGGUUUGGAUGAUGAGGAUGCAGCUGAAUGGACUCAGUCUGAAGAUCUUGACCUCGAGGAAAGCGACAAAAACCACGUUGCUGGCGAGCAAUGCAUGGACCGUCUCGCCAAUAAGCUCGGUGGCCAGGUAAUUUUACCAGCAACUUUCGUCUGGGUACCCCGAAUGAUGUCCUCAACCUCUUGGCGCGAUCGACAUGCAGCUCUUAUGGCCAUCUCUGCUAUAUCUGAAGGUUGCAGAGACCUCAUGGAGGGUGAGUUGGAUCAGGUUCUUGCUCUUGUCGUGCCAGCUCUUCAAGACCCUCACCCAAGAGUCCGCUUCGCCGGCUGCAACGCCCUUGGUCAGAUGAGUACGGAUUUCGCACCUACCAUGCAAGUGAAAUAUCAUUCCAUCGUCCUCGGAAAUAUCCUUCCGGUGUUGGAUUCGGCGGAACCCCGCGUCCAGGCCCAUGCUGCUGCGGCGUUGGUUAACUUCUGUGAAGAGGCUGAGAAGGAGAUUCUGGAACCGUAUCUCGAAGAGCUUCUGAAACGUCUUCUGCAGCUUCUUCGAAGUUCCAAACGAUUUGUGCAGGAGCAGGCGCUUUCUACAAUUGCUACGAUUGCUGAUUCUGCAGAGGCUGCUUUCGGGCAGUUUUAUGACACACUUAUGCCGUUGUUAUUUAAUGUUUUGAAUGAAGAGCAAUCGAAAGAGUUCCGGAUUUUGAGAGCGAAGGCUAUGGAGUGUGCCACUCUGAUUGCGCUGGCUGUCGGAAAAGAGAAAAUGGGUCAAGAUGCAUUGACUCUGGUGCAGCUUCUUGGCAAUAUUCAGCAGAGUAUCACGGAUGCAGAUGAUCCUCAAUCAUCGUAUCUUCUCCACUGCUGGGGCCGUAUGUGUCGAGUUCUCAACCAGGAUUUCGUUCCAUAUCUCCCCGGAGUCAUGCCGCCGCUCCUCCAGGUUGCCAGUGCCAAGGCUGAUGUCCAGAUUCUUGAUGACGAAGAGCAGCUUAGACAAGCUGAGCAGGAUGUUGGUUGGGAGCUUGUUCCGCUGAAGGACAAAAUUAUUGGAAUUCGAACCAGUGUGCUUGAAGAUAAGAAUACCGCUAUCGAGUUAAUUACGAUAUAUGCUCAAGUCCUCGCGGCUGCUUUUGAGCCAUAUGUCAUUGAGACGAUGGAAAAGAUUGCUAUCCCCGGUCUCGCAUUCUUCUUCCACGACCCUGUCCGGGUGUCAUCUGCACACUUAAUUCCCCAACUGUUAAAUGCAUAUAAAAAGUCUCACGGUGAUCAGUCUCCCGAGUUCAUGCAGCUGUGGUCCAAGACUGCCGAAAAACUCAUCGAGGUUCUAAGCGCAGAGCCAGCCAUUGAUACAUUGGCGGAGAUGUUCCAAUGCUUCUACGAAUCAGUCGAGGUCGCCGGAAAGAACAGUCUCACGCAAGCCCAUAUGCAAGCAUUCAUUGCGUCUGCCAAGUCGUCGUUGGAGGACUACCAAGCUCGUGUGAAGCGACGUGCGGAAGAAAAAGCAGAACUGGACGAGGCGGAUGACGAUGCCAUAUCAUACGAUAUCGAAGUCGAAGAAGAUCAGAACCUACUGAGCGACAUGAACAAAGCCUUCCACAUCAUUUUCAAGAACCAUGGCCCCGCUUUCUUACCAGCAUGGGAACAGCUACUCUCCUUCUACGAUGCCUUCGUUACAAAUGAAGACCCCACACAACGACAAUGGGCAAUCUGCAUCAUGGACGACGUACUAGAAUUCUGCGGCGAGCAAUCGUGGAAUUACAAAGAUCAUAUGAUCCAGCCUCUUAUCAAUGGCAUACGGGACGACAACGCCGCAAACAGACAAGCGGCAUGUUACGGAGUCGGAAUUGCUGCGCAAAAGGGCGGGCUUGCCUGGAGCGAGUUUGUUGCCGCGAGCAUCCCGACACUGUUCCAGGCGACGCAGCAUGCGAAGGCGAGGACGCAAGAACACAUUUUCGCUACUGAGAAUGCAUCUGCUAGCGUCGCAAAGAUUUUGCAUUAUAAUUCUAGCAAAGUACAGAAUCCGCAGGAGGUUGUGGAGAAUUGGUUUAAUACGCUACCCAUCAUCAAUGAUGAAGAGGCGGCGCCGUAUGCUUAUUCUUUUCUUGCGCAGCUUAUUGACCAACGAAAUCCCACUGUCUUCAACAAUGCCACAAAGGCAUUCACCUAUAUCGUGCAAGCUCUCGAAGCGGAAACACUGCAGGGUAGCACUGCUGCUCGUGUCGCAAACUCAUCGAAACAGCUCGCAACGGCAACAGGAGUCGCUGUAGAUCAGAUCUUUGCAAAUGUUGAGCCCAAGAACCAAAUGGCCGUGCGAAGCUUUUUCCAAUAA